GUCGUUAACAGAGCUCAAAUAUUCGUUCACAUGUGGGGCUCUGUUCGUUUUUAUGUAGGCCAUCCUCCUCGGGCCCUUAUUUUGCGUGUAUUACGUCUGACGUCAGCGCGUCAGCUGGCCGAAUGUUUACAUCCAGCAGCGGUGUGUUUGUGACCGGAUCCCUCCAACAACAAAAGGCUGGACACAAGGAAACCCGCUAAGGCAGAGAAUAUCAGUCGGUAUUCCCUCGAGUCACGAUGGGUGGAGCUGUGAGUGCCGGUGAGGACAAUGACGACUUGAUUGACAACCUGAAGGAGGCUUACUACAUCCGCUCAGACCUGGUGGAGCGGGCUUUUCGAGCUAUCGACCGGGCUGACUAUUACCUGGAUGAAUACCGGGAUAACGCUUACAAGGACUUGGCAUGGCGGCAUGGAAACAUCCACCUGUCUGCUCCGUGUAUCUACUCUGAGGUGAUGGAGGCUUUGGAUCUCCACCCUGGCCUCUCCUUCCUCAACCUUGGCAGUGGGACCGGCUAUCUCAGCACCAUGGUCGGCCUCAUAUUGGGACCAUUCGGAGUGAAUCAUGGAAUAGAGUUACAUGCAGAUGUGAUUGAGUAUGCCUACCAGAAGCUCGACUGCUUCAUCAAAACCAGCGACAGCUUUGACAAAUUUGAGUUCUGUGAGCCGUCCUUUGUUGUGGGUAACUGCCUGGAGAUUCCUCCAGAGAGCCGUCAGUAUGACAGGGUGUACUGCGGGGCCGGGGUGCAGAAGGAGCACGAGGAUUACAUGAAGAACCUGCUCAAAGUGGGGGGCAUCCUGGUGAUGCCUCUGGAGGAAAAGUUGACCAAGAUCACCCGUACAGGGCCGAACAGCUGGGAGACCAAAAAGAUCAUCUCCGUGUCCUUCGCUCCUCUGGUGCUGCCUAAACACAGCACAAAUGGCAAACCCAAGACUGUCCCACUACCCAAGUACGAGGUACGGACGUUACAGGAGCUGGCUCGUAUCUGCAUCCGCCACACCCUCAGAGUGACCACAGAUGGAGGAGACAGCCAAUCGCGUGGCCGAGGUUCCUCGUUCAGCGUGGGCAGGGGUCUGGCAGUGGCCGGGCUCCAUAAGUACGGCCCUCGCUUCAAACGCCGACGCGUCCACCGGCGCCACUGCAACGCCCUGGUCCUGGCCACCCGUCAGGUGGUGGCCAGCAGUGGUAUCGGCCCCGCUCCUCUGGACAGCAAUAACAACCAGGGAGGAAGAGCGGAGGAUGAGGAGGAGGCAGGAGAGCGGGAGGCGAGGCGGCAGAUGAGAGGGAGCAGGAGGGCGGGGAGAGGAGCAGGAGGGGUGGUGGAAGAGGAGGAGACGGUGGAGGAAGAGGACGAAGAGGAGGAGCAGGAGGAGGAGGAGGAGGAGAAGGAGACCGGGGAGCUGCUCCGACCCCAGCCGGCCGUGAACGUCCUCAGAGAGCGGAUACUGGGCCUGCCGCUGCCCGAGCCUCUGAAGAUGUACCUGCUGUACUACAGAGAGAAAUGAGCCCGCCGAAGCCACAGCCAGGUCCUGAGUCAGAGCCCAGAGCUGAAAGCAACAACCGCAGCAGAGGCUGAAGCCUCUGUUACAACCCCACCACCACCUGUACAAGGCAGGACAACAUGCCACCUACCUUACUGACCCCCAGCUCCACCAUCAGUCUCUUUCUCUCUCUCACCUGUUCUCAUCCUCUCCAUCAUCCAUUCUCUUUCCCACUCCCUCCUUUUGCCCUGCCUCCCACUGUUGUUUACUCGAUUCAUUUCCUGACACUGUAAAGAGUCAGUUCAAAUUGUCCAGUGGAGGAGGGAGGGCGGGGGGCUAUGCUACUUUGGGAAUACAAACAAUUCACGCUAAUGUUUCGGACAACCAGACAGUCACAGAUGUAAACUUUGUGUCACCUUUUUGAGGUGCAAAGAAAUACAAAUUUUGGUACAUAACACAUACACAGUUUAUCAAUUUGCACUACAGCUCUGUGUAACUAACGCCAGUCGAGCAUUGCAUAACAACAGCUUAACAGUCCACAGCUGCCUGAGUAUCCACGGCUUGUAAAAGGCAACGUAGUGGUGCUGAGAAACAGAACCAUCGUUAAGUCUACAGUGGCAGACUAGACAGAGUUCAACAGAGUUCAGACACUGUAGCAACAAGCAGAGAGCCGGAAGACACAGGGCUUCCCAGCUCUUUUCUACUCGCUAAUUGCAUUGAUUGUAUACGUCGUGUGAAAGCUGGUUUGUCCACAUAAGGUGGUGUGUAUUAUCAUCUAAUGGGGAUGGUGGAGUUUUACAAAGGAAGACAUAGAGUUGGCCCAAAGCUCAACUUUGUGAGUGAAGAAAAUGUGCAUUCAAAGAUUCAAUGAUGUGAGAGUUCUAUUUUCUCUUUCACUAUAUAUUAUUAUACAUAUUUAAUGAUACUGUAGCUACAGCUAGUGCCCAAGAAGGUGUGGCGGUUGUAAUUAUUUCCACUGAUUUCCAAAUAAAAGGGGAGCUUUGUCUUGAGCCCUCAGUCCAUUAGAUAAUUUUACUUAAAUUAUCUGCUUUUCCAAGGCCAAGGGUUGAUCAUCGUUUCAAGCAUUUAUAGUAGAUUAGUUGAUUUAAUGGAAGGCUGAAUUUUCGCUUUUUCUAUGCAUAUGUUUCAUUGUAUCUAUCUUUGUCUCCUGACGUUGUCAUAUGGAGAUGAAACUGACCUAAAUCCUUACAUGUGUAUCCAAAGGGCAGUCUCACUGUUUUUCUCUACAUCCCAUUAUUCUCUUAACCACAAGAGAAUGACCAUAAAAGAUCACAUACUUACUAAUAUUCCAAUUUAUAUAAAUAAACCAGCAUGAUAAAAACACAUAACUAAUGUUUUUGAUGAUUGACAGUGUGCAGGUUUUCUCUCACCUUGCUCUCAUCUGGGGUUUUUUUUUUCUUCUUUUUUUUGGUUCUUGUAAUAUUUAAAUUUUUGAAUUUUAUGAGACUUGAAGUGGUGUUUGCAUAUGGAAUCGUAUGUUUUGUUUUGUGAAUCAUAAAAAACAUAAAGAUACUUUGAUAAGUAGAAGAAGUAUCUUUGUCACAUUUUUCUGAUGUAGUUACUAGUUAGAUGGGGCAUUAUUCCUUUGUACUUUUUGCUUUUGUACCAAACUUUCUGCUCCCUUCUGUGCCAAACUUAAGUUGCAUGGACUCAAUUCUCAAGAGGAAACAGCAGAUCAACAGCAAGUCACUCAUCUGAAGACAAAAGCUGACAAUUUAUUGAUGUUUUUUCAUUUCAGAAACUGCUCCACUACCACUGAAAUGACCCUUGUGGUCGUUUAUGUAUUAGUUUUUAUCAUGUUAAGUUUUAGAUUUCUCCCAGUUUGUAUCUGAAUGUCUGUGAUGAGUAGCAAAGUGAGCUUUGCACAUAUGUAGAAGAACCCUGCAUCACUAAAUACAUUUAAUUAUACAUCAAUUAUGGAUGUGAUCACAGUAAUAGGAGGGAUUUGAAUGUGUGCAGCUUAUACAGGUAAUGGGAGGAUCGUGUCCAAAAAGCAGGUCCUUAUCAGGCCAGGAGACUCGCAUCCCUUCUGAUUCCUGCUGAGUGUAACGUCAUGCUUCAUGCCAUUCGUCCAUUUCUACUGCUGCUGGAUCUGCCUUUGAGUACUGUAUGUACACCAUUCCUUUAUUCAACAUGAGUACAUUUGUAUUUGGUUGUUGUGCCGUUGUGAUUUUCUGCUGAAUGUAUAUGAUCAUGAUGAGGUUGUUUUCUGCACUUAACAUUAAGUUUUGGUGAGAAUGACUUGCUUGUUGUUUUUUGAGCUGUAUUAUUGACUGCUGUUAAUAAAGUCCAUUAUACAAAAGAAA